GAACGGGCUGUGACUACUGUUAUGUCAUGGACUAAGCAGGUAGUGGUUAUUAUAGCUACUAGCGAGGGGAAGAGCCUGCUGUUUAUACUACCCUGCAUCCUCCCUAAUGCUAGGGUGACGAUCUUAGUCUUGCCCCUUGUGUCUCUGCGAGGGGACCUCCUCCGCCGAGUCCGAGAGUUGGGGAUCGAUCACUUAGUGUGGGCGCCUAGUGAGCAGCAAGAUGCACCCUUGGUGUUUGUUAUAGUUGAAGCA